AUGACCCGUGCCGCAGAGCGGGGCCAAGGGGCUACAGGCUGGGGUUUGCGGGGAGCCCUAGUGGCCAUAGCGCUGCUGUCGGCGCUGAAUGCCGCGGGCACCGUGUUUGUGCUGUGCCAGUGGCGCGAGCUUAGCGCGGCGCUGCGGGCGCUGGAGGCUCAACGCGGCCGGGAGCAGCGCGAAGACAGUGCCCUACGCGCCUUUCUGGCGGAAUUGAGUCGAGCAACGGGCCGGGUCCCCGAAUCACCCCAGGACUCCGCGAGCGCAGCGCGCAACAAGCGCAGCCACAGCGGAGAGCCUACGCCACACAUCCGCGCCGAGAGCCAGGAUAUGAUGAUGAUGAUGACCUACUCCAUGGUGCCGAUCCGAGUGAUGGUGGACCUGUGUAACAGCACCAAGGGCAUCUGCCUUACAGGACCACCUGGCCCACCAGGACCUCCGGGAGCUGGCGGGUUACCAGGACACAAUGGAUCAGAUGGACAGCCUGGUCUCCAGACCAAAGGCGAAAAAGGAGCAAACGGGAAGAGAGGAAAAAUGGGGUUACCUGGAGCCACGGGAAACCCAGGGGAAAAGGGAGAGAAGGGAGAUGCUGGUGAACUGGGCUCUCCUGGAAAUGAGGGCCCCCCGGGGCAGAAAGGUGAAAAGGGAGACAAGGGAGAUGUGUCCAACGAUGUGCUUCUGACAGGUGCCAAAGGUGACCAAGGCCCUCCUGGCCCACCUGGACCCCCAGGGCCUCCAGGCCCACCUGGAAGCAGAAAAUCCAAAGGCCCUCGGCAGCCAAACAUGUUCAAUAGCCAGUGUUCAGGUGAGACGUGUGCCAUACCAAAUGAUGACACCUUGGUAGGGAAAGUUGAUGAGAAAGUAAAUGAGCGCCAUUCUCCGCAAACAGAAUCCAUGAUCAUCUCCAUUGGAAACCCAGCCCAAGUACUAAAAGUGAGAGAGACCUUUGGGACUUGGAUAAGAGAGUCUGCUAACAAGAGUGACGAGCGUAUCUGGGUGACAGAGCAUUUUUCAGGAAUCAUGGUGAAGGAGUUCAAAGACCUGCAAGCUCUUCUCAACAGCAGUUACACGCUCAUCCACCUCCCGCAUUACUUCCACGGCUGCGGGCAUGCGGUUUUCAACAACUCUCUCUACUACCACAAAGGGGGCUCCAACACCAUAGUGAGAUUUGAAUUUGGCAAAGAGACACCCCAAACGCUGAAGCUUGAAAAUGCUUUGUAUUUCGAUCGAAAAUACCUCUUUACAAAUUCCAAGACUUACUUCAACAUAGCUGUGGAUGAGAAAGGCGUCUGGAUUAUCUAUGCUUCGAGUGUGGAUGGCUCAAGCAUCCUUGUGGCCCAGCUGGAUGAGCAGACGUUCUCUGUGUUACAGCACAUCAACACCACGUACCCCAAAUCCAAGGCCGGCAACGCCUUCAUAGCCCGAGGGAUUCUCUACGUCACAGACACCAAAGAUAUGAGGGUCACAUUCGCCUUCGAUCUGCUUGGAGGAAAACAGAUCGAUGUGAACUUUGAUUUCAGAAUGAAUCCAUCUGUUCUUGCCAUGUUAUCAUACAACAUGAGGGAUCAGCACUUAUACUCAUGGGAAGACGGUCAUUUGAUGCUUUAUCCUGUGCGGUUUUCGUCGGCAGCAUCAAGUCAACGAUAG